AUGCGCCGCAUCGAGAAACAUGGCCAACGGGCUGUCGAUACGGUCAGCCUAACGCCACCCGCCGGCCCAUAUGCAGCCCCUCACCCAGGCUUAGGAUCCGGGCUGGUCGUCGUCGUGCUGCGGUCUUUUAUGCUCAUGCCCGAGCACGUUUCGCGAGAGAGACCUGGAGGCACGCUCGAAGAGGUUAGCAGAGCGCAGCCGACGAUGAAGGGUUGGGGGCUGCUCUCCAGAAGACGGAGCAAGGUGGAAGGUGAAGUGGACGAGAGUCCUUCAUUCAUCCGCUUCGUCAAAGAGCUACGGUGCGAAAGAGGAAAUCAGGCAAGCGGUGGGGUCCGGUCGUGCCUGCCCCCAAUGGCCACCACCCGUCAGAUGUCAUUACACUCCGCUCUUUACACUUGUUCACAUCAACAGCAAAGGCCUCCUGCUGCAUGCGCUGCAGCCCAGUUACAGACGCCCUGCGAAGGCAUUUCCUCCAAGCAGAGUGCCGAGACUUCCAGUGCUGUGCGCAGCGCCCCAGCUGGUGGCAACAUUGACCGAUGA